CUUGUGGACGCACGGAGUGGUGAAAACUACAUAGCCAGGCGACGACGGCGGGGCGUAACGCCACUGCCUGCGCUGUCGAAGGAAAAAGCCGGGCGUCUUGCGGCGGCGGCCUCGAACUUGAAAAGCUGGGUCACGGUCGCGCGUAACCUAAAUAAUGCCCGAUGCGUGUAGUACGGUACUACGCUAUUCCUGUAUCCUUUGGCGUCGUCGUGAGCGGAAUACUGCGUGCCACUCUGGAAAGGAGAGCGUGAUUGAAUACGUCUUCGUUCGUCCUACGGACGCAUGCUAACACGUAACUGCGCACACGUUUUCUACGUUUCCGCGAGACGCAGCCGUGCAGCGGCUCUUGUCACUCGCCCGGCGCGUCCCUGCUGCGCGCUGGGCUGCAAUCAACGCAUUUGCUCAGCUUUGGUUUGCAGACGGAUGGCUAAGGGAGGGGCAGCUGGUUUUUGUGUACAAUGCCCAGUUUUAAGCAGAACCAGACGCACGGCUGGCCCGAGAAUGUCGGCAUCCUCGCAAUGGAGAUCUACUUCCCGUACCUCUACGUGGACCAGACCGAGCUCGAGGCGUACGACGGCGUCUCGACCGGCAAGUACACUGUGGGCCUCGGUCAGGACCGCAUGGGGUUCUGCUCUGACCGCGAGGACAUUAACUCGCUCUGCCUGACCGUGACAAGCCGCCUUCUAGAGCGGACAGGUGUACCCCCCAGUCGCAUUGGCCGCCUCGAGGUCGGUACCGAGACGCUCGUCGACAAGUCCAAAAGUGUCAAGACGGUGCUGAUGCAGCUGUUUGAGGAAGCGGGCAACACGGACAUUGAGGGUGUGGACACCACCAACGCCUGCUACGGUGGCACUGCAGCUCUAUUCAAUGCGGCCUCCUGGGUGGAGUCCAGUGCCUGGGAUGGACGCUAUGCCAUUGUGGUAGCUGCCGACAUUGCCGUGUAUGCCACAGGCCCAGCCAGGCCCACAGGUGGCGCUGGCGCAGUGGCCAUGCUUGUCGGACCCAAUGCCGCUCUCGUCCUGGAGAGAGGUGUGAGGUCGUCCUACAUGAGCCAUGUAUAUGACUUCUACAAGCCAGACCUCAUGUCAGAAUACCCGCGCGUUGAUGGCAAGCUCUCUGUUGAGUGCUACAGCAGAGCCCUGGACAAAUGCUAUGCUGGCUUCUGCAAAAAGGCGAGAGCUGUUCGUGCUGGAGAGCGCCAGGACAGGCCAGUGACCUUGGACGACCUGGACGCCAUGCUUUUUCAUGCUCCGUACGGGAAACUCGUGCAAAAGAGCCUGGCCAGGCUUGUGCUCAACGAUUUUCUGCAGGACUCGACAUCUCCCAAGUAUGCCAGCCUAGCUGGCUUCAGCUCUGUACAUUUAGAGGAAUCGGUGUUUGAUCGGGAUGUUGAGAAGGCCUUCAUGAAGUUCAGCCAGCAGAUGUUCGAGGAGAAGACUAAGCCAAGCCUCCUCGUGUCCAACCAAGUGGGCAACAUGUACACACCUUCUCUGUACUCCUGCCUCGCAUCUUACCUCGCGAGCUUCCCAGUAUCCCAGUUGGCAGGCAAGCGCAUUGGGAUGUUCUCGUACGGUUCCGGCUUGGCAGCCACCCUGUUCAGCCUCUGCGUGACAAACAACGUGGGGCCAGACUCCCCGUUGCACGGGAUGCACGCUAGCCUGGUCGACCUGCGUGCGCGGCUUGCCCAGCGCCGCAAGGUUGACCCACAGGAGUUUGCCCUCAUCAUGAAACUCCGGGAGGAGACACACCAUCAAGCACCAUACACACCGGUCGGUACGCUGGACGACCUCUUUCCGGGCACAUGGUACCUGGCAUCAGUGGACAGCAUGCAUCGGCGACAUUAUCAGCGCCUGCCGCUUGCAACUGCAAAUGGAAAAGCUGCGGUAGCAACCACGCUCAAGGAAUUCAACAGCAGCGAGGUCACUACCAACGGUCAAGCCAUCGCCCACGAGACCUAGCGACGUGGGGCAACUUCUGACGUUGGCGAAGACCGUCCGUGUGCUUCACUGCCUCUCUCGCCUUCCCUUCCUUUCUAGCUCGGUUUUGUUAUUCGUUUCCUUAACGUCAGUUUAUCAGCCACAUUAUUACUUUUUUUUUCCCUCAUCCCACCUUUAAUUUACCCUGCGUUAACAUUGUAGCGACGGUUAUUUUAAUGAACAUUUUUCACUACAAAGCUGAGCAAAGUACUCCCGCGAGCCUCCAAACAAAACUGUCUUCGUGUUGCAGCGAUGGCAAAGCAUUGCCGUCGCGACUCCCGUACACGGUAUCUCGCCGCCUCGGAACGUCCGCACGUUGUGUCGGAGAGACUGAAUUUGUGUUGUCGCAUGUGCCGUGCAAGCGGUGUACAGCAAACUAUAGUGGCCUUGGACGAGGAGCAUGUUGAAGUCUCGUAGAGUAUGUUGGGAAGGAAAGCAUGGGAGCUGUGGUGUUGCGUGCAUUUUGCGUUGUUGGCUCCAUCGUGGAAGAUAGAUCAUCGUACGCGAUGGGAUCGUGUGAAAUGCCUGCUGAAGCUGGGAAUAUGUAGGGAUAGAUUCCAGUGUACAUAUGCCUCACUCCCACACCCCUUAGCCUCCACAGAAGAGGACAGUUGCUCUUUCAUAGCUUGUUUUUUUUUAAUUAUUAUCUUUAUUCUUUUUCAUACUGCCUGCCCGCGAACAAAAUGCAAGAUUGUUGUGUCAAUAAGUGAACCAUUUUGUUACUGUGAACAGAGCGAUGAAAUCGCAGUGCACAGGGUUUUCUGAGGAGGGUCACACAAUUAUUGCAUUCCUUCGUUGACCAUUAUGGAAUCACUUUGCUUGUUGGGAUUUGUGUUUUGCUAUUCCCAGAGAAUUAAAUUUACCCUGUUGAACUCCACCGCAGGUGCCAUAAUGGUUUUAAACGAAGGAAAAAAAAAAUGUGAAUUUAUUGACCACAGAAAAAAAAAGGGGGGAAGGGAAGGGCAAUUGGGGCCUGAUGUUUUCGUAAGUAAUAUAAGGAUAAAAAUUUCUUUGUGGGUGUUUUACUUUUCUGCACUUUGUGGAGGAGACGGUAUGAGAAUGUGUUACACAUUAAUGCAUUACUGCUAAACCAAUGUGGAGGUGUUUUUUUUUUUAUUUAUUCUGAUUUCUUUUUUUUAAUGAGCACAUGUUUUAAUACUUUUUUUUUCUUUGUUUGGUAUGAGGGUUAUUGUGUAAUAUUUUCCAUAAUUUACCAGAGCACACAGUGCAGAUUUAUUCCAAGAUUAUUGCCGUUUAAUUAGGAAAAAGAAACGAACGACAUUGAAGCGUAAAAUUUUUAUACACACGGAUGUAAUAGCAAGAAACGCGUCAUCUUUUAUGCUGGAAGAGUUGGGAUAUGCAUUGGUAUCCUCCUUUGAUUGUUUUUUUUUCUAUGACAUCCGAUUGUAACCCAUAAUUCCAUGAUGAUACCUUUGAUCUUUGAUGCAAGGCACAGCUUGUAUGGACAAAUAAAGGUUGUAAUUAUCUUUUUA